CCGCCGUCACAACGCGUUUGGCCGUGUGUAGGACGAGGAGAACGCAGCUAGGGCGCUCGAUAUCACCACCACCACCACCACCACCACCACCGCGUCCACGUUCGGCGUAUUAUUUUUCACGUAUACGAAUACACACGCUGCGCGGGCGGCGGUAACGUAGUGGAUUUAUUACCCUCUGGUGCGCGUGCCCAUCACACCCUCAGUCGUCCCUUGUGCGCGGCACAGACGUACCGUGAGCACGAUAAGAAGUGAAGGAGAGCGAUCGAGCGAGAACCGCAAUCAAAAGACUUGUUCGUACGUGGAGUGCGACCAACGUAUAGAUCCGAGUGAGUGGCGCGCGCCAGCACUCGCAUCACCGAUAUUGGCUCCUGUCGAAGUUCCGCCCCGCGAGAAACUUCGUGAUUCCAUCGCGUCGCCCGUGGCCAACACAUUUUGCAAAGGCGCACGACCCGUUGUUAACACUACGUCCUGCUCUCUGUAAACCAGGCCGUGACGAUGAGCGAGAAACAAAUGGUCAAAGACGUGGAGAAACAGGCUCCCGCGCCCAAAAAUCAGGGCUUGAACGGAAGACUGCUGUUUGCCAUCAUAGCGUCGGCUUUUGGCUCCGCAUUCCAACACGGAUACAACACCGGCGUGGUUAACGCUCCCCAAACGUUGAUCGAAAAUUGGAUUCGCUCCGUGAUAUCGGAGAGAAACGGUGGAGCUAUCGUGGAAAAAUCACAAGUUACCCUGAUAUGGGCCGUAGCUGUCGCGAUUUUCUGUUUCGGCGGUAUGAUCGGUGGUUUGAUGACCGGAAUCGUCGCCGAGAAGUUUGGCCGGAAAGGUGGUUUACUCGUAUCCAACUCGUUAGUCGUUGUAUCGUCUCUACUCCAAGGUGUUUCGAAAAUGUAUUCGUCUUACGAAUUGAUCAUAAUCGGACGGUUCCUAAUCGGUAUCAACUCAGGACUUAACGCUGGUCUGGCUCCGAUGUAUCUCGCUGAAAUUUCUCCAAUGAAUCUCCGUGGAUCUGUCGGAACAGUUUACCAGCUAGUCGUUACCAUUUCGAUAUUAGUUUCUCAAAUAUUGGGUUUGGAUUACAUCCUGGGUACGCCAGACAAGUGGCCCGUUUUGUUGGCGCUCAUUAUCGUGCCUGGUAUAUUCAUGUUCGUGACAUUGCCUUUCUGCCCAGAAUCACCCAAGUACACGUUAAUCAACAGGAAGAAAGACAUUGAAGCGGAAAAAGGAUUACAAUGGCUGAGAGGAACGCUCGAAGUGCACGACGAAAUGGACGAGAUGAGAGCCGAAAACGAGGCAAUGAAGGUGAUCCCUCGAGUAACUCUCCGCGAGAUGCUGUCGAACCCAAUGUUGAAAAUCCCACUCGGAAUAUCUGUGAUGAUCAUGUUGUGCCAACAGUUAUCCGGUAUUAACGCCGUCAUGUUCUUCUCAACGAAAAUCUUCGAAAUGGCUCAAAUGUCUCCCGAUGGCGCCAAAUACGCUACCCUUGGCAUGGGCUCGCUCAACGUGAUAAUGACAUUGACCUCUCUAUUCCUGGUCGAACUCUCCGGCCGCAAAACUUUGUUACUUAUCGGAUUCUCUGCCAUGUUUAUCGACACCGUGUUGCUGACUAUUGCUCUGAUGUUUGUGACAACAUACGUUUGGGUGUCUUAUUUAGCCAUUAUUUUCGUGAUGGUGUUCGUGGUCGCGUUCGCCGUCGGACCCGGAUCCAUUCCGUGGUUCUUGGUUUCCGAACUGUUCAACUCGUCUGCCCGACCAUUAGCCACCAGUAUAGCCGUUGGAGUCAAUUGGACGGCUAACUUCGUCGUCGGACUAGGAUUCCUACCCUUACAGGAAAUAUUGGGCUCCAACGUGUUCCUCAUAUUCGUCGUGUUGCUCGGUUUGUUCGUGCUAUACGUUUACAAGAAAGUGCCCGAAACCAAAAACAAGACGUUGGAAGAGAUUCAAAUGUUUUUCAGACAGGAGUCGUACAAAUAAUCGUCCGGUGUCCUGCGCGGUAAUAGGAAUACGCGACGCACCGAUUGAGAUAUUCCUCAUCAGCCUGAAACUACAAAUAUAUAAUAUAUAUAUAUAUAUAUAUAUAAUACAUU